UAUCUACUCUAAAUCAAUAAUUAAAUGAUUCUGAUAUUAAAAAUAUAGAACCUGUAUAGAUAUAAUUAGAUGAUGUUAUUUUAACUGGAUGGCCAAAUUAACCUUUAGAAGUUACAUUUAAUCCUGAAAUAUAUGAUAUAUAUUCUAUUAAAUUAAUAUAGAAAUUAUAAAAUGGUUAAUAGAAAGAAGAAUAAGAAUUAGAUAAUGAAGCAAUUUUUCAAAGUAGAGAUUUAAAAGACUUGGGUGGAUGUCGUACAUUUUAAACGAAAGCUGCUGUAGAGCCGGUAUUCAAGACAACUACAAAUUUCUAAGGAAAUAAUAUGUAUGAAAGAUUUGAAGAAGUUAUAACAUUUGAUACCUAUAAGAAAAUGUAUAUAGUUUCUAAUAGUUUCUAAGUUUAUUCUUUAUAUUAUUCUGAAUCAACUUAAUUUGAAAUAGAUAAUGCAAGCAUAAACUAUGAUCCCGAUAGUUCCUUUUAAUAGGUUUUGAAUAUUCCUAAAGAAUUAACAUCACCAGAUACAAAAAUUAUAGCUAAAAUGUCAGCUAUAUAGCAUGAUAAAUACGGAUAUAUUUUCUGUAAAUUUGGGGCUGUAAGAUUUUCCGCAUCUAGUAUCAAUUAUUUAUCAAGAAAUGAUUUUAUACUUUAAGAAAGCUUUAUAAAACGAACUGAAAUUUUUUCAGUUUAUAAAGAUCAUAAUAAUUACAUUUAUGCAGCUACAUCUGAAGGAAUUGAUAUUUAUACUUUAGAUGAAAAAUUUACUUUGAAAUUUUUAAAAUCAUUAACUACAGUGCAAUUAAGAUAAUAUCAUUAAGUCCAAAAAAUGGACAUUAGAAAAAUAUAAAUAGUCAAAUAAGGUGAUAAUGAAUUAAUUUUACUUUUGGAAAAUUAAUUUGGUAUACAUGUUUUAUAAAAUAUUAAUAAUAAUGCUCCUUGGGCAUAUAAAUAUUUCAUCUUUUUAAGAAGAAUAUAAAAUUUCGAUGCUACGGGAUUUACAUUGGCAGCUGUUUUAAGUACUAAAAAUUACUAAUUUGGUGUAGAGAUAUUUUUUGAUUAAUAAAAUUACUAUUAAAAUCAGUAAAUAUAUUAUUUUUAACAUAAAAAAUUAUAUUAUUUUUUUAAAAAAGUAUUGAAGAUGAUGAGCUAGAAGUAAGUAGUAUUAAACUUGAUCCUAAUAGCAGGGUUGGAAUUUGGAUGA